GACCGCUGUGUCGCUCUUGGUAAUGAGCAGCGCGUCGUGCGUCACGGUGCGCCCCGGACUCCCCACCCUGAGUGUCAGCCCUAGGCAGACCGGCAUGUGAUGCUCCGUCCUCCAGUGUCCUGCGAGCGCCCAGCCAGUACCACUCCGGCACACGAGUCCAGCCCCGGCGGAUUGUAUUCAUGACUCUCUCCAGGUACUCUCCGACCGCCGCGUGCAGAGGAAACCUUGGAUGUCGUUGAUCGCUGCUAAAGACUCACGGACUGAGGCCAAGACCUGAAAUCCAGCUGUCACUCCUCAGUCUCUCCCUUAUCGCUACAUUCAUCCGUCUCUUCUCCAGUCGUUGCCUAUACCCCUUCUUUCUGUUCCUUCCAGCCUCUUUCUCGCUCUCUCUUUCUCUCUCCACCCCCACCCCUUUCCCAACCCCUCAGCCUCCCUCAUGCCUAAGAACAGCAAGGUGACGCAGCGCGAGCAGAGCCAUGAGCACGUCACAGAGUCGGUGGCUGACCUGCUCGCACACGAGGAGCCACUCGACUACAAGAGCAGCUCCCUGAAUGUCGGGGGGGCGGCCGGGAAGAAAGUCCCGCAGAUAGAGGUGCCCGAAAACGAUGGGCGCCCCGCCUGGAACAGCAAACUCCAGUACAUCUUGGCCCAGGUGGGCUUCUCUGUGGGCCUGGGCAACGUGUGGCGCUUCCCUUACCUGUGCCAAAAGAAUGGAGGAGGUGCCUAUCUGGUUCCCUACUUCAUCCUCCUCCUCAUCAUCGGGAUCCCGCUCUUCUUCUUGGAGCUGGCGGUGGGUCAGAAGAUCCGACGUGGGAGCAUCGGGGUCUGGAACUAUGUCUGUCCCCGUCUGGGCGGGAUAGGGAUGUCAAGUCUGAUGGUGUGCGGCUUUGUGGGUCUCUACUACAAUGUGAUCAUUGGUUGGAGCAUCUUCUACUUCUUCCAGUCCUUUCAGUAUCCUCUGCCAUGGAGCGACUGCCCAAUCAGAAAGAACGGGACACUUGCUAUUGUGGAGCCGGAGUGUGACAAAAGCUCGGCUACGACCUAUUUCUGGUACCGUCAGACUCUGAACACGACCAGCACCAUCGCAGUGAGUGGCGGCCUCAACGUCAAAAUGACCCUGUCUCUGUUCGUGGCCUGGAUCAUUGUCUGUCUCGCCGUCAUUAAAGGAAUCGCCUCCUCUGGGAAGGUGAUGUACUUCAGCUCUCUUUUCCCCUAUUUGGUGCUCUUCUGUUUCCUGGUCAGGGGGCUGAUGCUGAAGGGAUCGGUGGAUGGUAUUGCUCACAUGUUCACUCCCAAGCUGGAAAAGAUGUUGGAGCCCAAGGUGUGGAGGGAGGCAGCCACCCAGGUCUUCUUCGCCCUGGGUCUGGGCUUUGGAGGAGUCAUAGCUUUCUCCAGUUACAAUAAGAUAGACAACAACUGUCAUUUUGACGCCGUGCUCGUGUCUUUCAUCAACUUCUUCACCUCCAUCCUGGCCACGCUGGUGGUGUUCGCUGUGCUGGGCUUCAAGGCCAACAUCAUGAAUGAAAAGUGUGUCGCAGAGAAUGCAGAGAAGAUCCUGGGAUACCUCGACUCACAUGUCCUGAGUCACGAUCUCAUCCCUCCACACGUGAACUUCUCCCAUCUCACCACAUCAGACUAUGCCGAGAUGUAUGGGGUCAUCAAGACGGUCAAAGAGGGCAGCUUUGCCCAGCUGGGUCUGGAGCCUUGUGUCCUGGAGGACGAGCUCAACAAGGCUGUCCAGGGCACCGGCCUGGCUUUCAUCGCCUUCACAGAAGCCAUGACCCAUUUCCCAGCGUCCCCAUUCUGGUCGGUCAUGUUCUUCUUCAUGCUCAUUAACCUCGGUCUGGGAAGCAUGAUCGGCACCAUGACAGGCAUCACCACACCCGUCCUCGACGCCUACAAAGUCCAGAAGGAGCUUUUCACAGUGUGUUGCUGCAUUGUGGCCUUCCUGUGUGGCCUGUUGUUCGUUCAGCGCUCAGGGAAUUACUUUGUCACCAUGUUCGAUGAUUAUUCUGCUGGUCUGCCUCUAACUGUAGUGGUCAUCCUGGAAAAUCUGUCUGUCGCUUGGAUUUACGGCACUAAAAGGUUCAUGCAGGACCUGGAGGACAUGUUGGGUUUCCGACCAAACAUGAUCUAUUUCUACCUGUGGAAGUAUGUGUCCCCUCUCUGUCUCAUUGUUCUCAUCUCAGCCACUGUCAUCGAGAUGGCCAUCAGCCCACCAGGAUACAACGCCUGGGUCCAAGAGCUGGCUCAGGAACGCUUCCAGAGCUACCCUCCCUGGGCACUAGCCAUGUGCUUUGCUCUCAUUGUAUUGGCCAUGCUUCCUCUGCCUGUCGUCUUCAUCGCCCGUCACUUCAACCUGAUGUCAGACGGCUCCAACAAGCUGUCCGUCUCCUACCGUAAAACCAUGAUGAAGGACAUGUCCAACCUGGAGGAGCAGAACGAGGCCAGAUUAAUCCUCGGCGCCAAGCCUGGCGAGGCACCGUCAUCAGUGCCGGCGCGCAGAGCUUACCUCACUCCUGGAGGGAACACCCUGGACCCCAACUCCCUGUCUCCAAACAGCUGCUACGGUACAAGCUACCAAAACGCUGCCAUCAGCCCCACCACGCCAACAACACUGUCCACGCCUGUUACACCAGAGUCGGACUCUUGACUGUUGUCCAAACCCACCGCUCUUACAUCCAGUCCUGUAGCACCGUUUACCUUUCAGCCAUAAAGUCUCCACCAGGGGUCACUGCAGCACAGAGAACCCCUACCCCCUCCCCUGCUAACACCGCAAAACUGUAUGUAGCUGCCUAAUUUAACUGAGCACACACAUCCCAAAAUAAGACUAAGGAACCACCUGAGAAGAUUUCCAAAAUGUUUCCAGGAUUCCCCGCUUCUGGACAGGAAGGUAGUAUGGAGAUAUAUGUCAAAAGCAAGAAAAAAAAGACACAAUAAACUCUUAACAGUUGAUCAACAGUGGCACACUGUACAUCUCCAUGUAUUCUGUAUUUAAAAUCACAUGGUUUAUGUGCUUAAGAUGAAGUUCUGUGAUUUGCCUUAGUAUAAAGAUCUUCAGACACAGCCCCCCCACAGUAUUAUGCACAUCCCUGUCUGCACAGUGCAGGGGAUCUGAAAGAGCGAAUGUAGUGAAGCAGGUGUGGUUCUGCUGGGUGAACAGGUUCCCACUCAGCACAGUGGCACUGAGAGCCAAGACGAAUGUGUGUUUCAUCAUUUUAGGGUUUAAAGCCUUUCGCUGUUGGCGUUGCUGCCCUUUGUAGCGAUACUGUGCGUCAAAGCCAUACAGUUUGACACAGAUCAAAUUAUUUUCUGUUAGACAGUAUGCAGUGAUUUCAGUGAAUACAUAUAGAAUGUCUACACUGAGCAUGGACAUGCACCUCCGCUCCGCUGUUUUGAACAACAAAAUGCUGCUCUAAAGACACCCAUUUAUGUUCCAUUCAGACCCUAACUCAACCUCCUGCUCUGUUUUGUCUGUAGCCAGUAUUGUUCUUGUUCAUUCUGUAAACAGCGAUGUACAGUAUAGUAAUAUAACACGGGAUAAUAUAAUUUUUGUUACCUGGAGGAGAUCAAAACCACCGUCUCAUCAUCCGCCACACACACUUUAUGACUUGUGCUGUAGAAAGUCACACAUUUCAGUUUCUCCGCCAAAGAGUAAAAAGUAGAUAAGGAAACACUUGAAGUCUACAUGUUUAUGUGACAGAAUAAUAGACUUAAUACGCUGAAUUGCGUAGAAAGUGAACUAAACCCGUCAGACUGUAACACAAAACAAUCGUAUCCACUGACAAGACGCACAGCUUGCUCAUGUGAUUUUGAGACAAACGUCCAGAUUGCUUCUUCGAUGUAGCUCUGACUUUUUUCCUACAAAAAUGACAAUCCUACAGAACCACAAAAUAGAUUUUACACAAUUAUUGUGCACAAGCUAAAUACUAACCCUAAGUGCUGACCUCUUAUUUUGAAUAUAAAUACCGUCAAAUAUAUCCCACACAAUGACUAAGCAAUAUUUAAUCAUAUUGUAGCACAAACGAGAAUGCACAAAUUAUGUUCACUAUGGACACAAAACAUAAUGAACACGAAAUAGAAAAAUAAAAAAUAAAUAGAAUAAAAGCAACGGACCAACGGAUAGGAGCUUAGGGAACAAAAAUCCAAAUUAUGGAAUAUUAAACUCAUCAGCUAACUUGAUAGUAUGAACUUCUGUACCCCUUAGACUCCGCACAACAAACAAAUAAAAUACAUGCACACAUAUGCUCAAACACAUGCACACGCUGUUUCUGUGUAUUUGUGAAAUAAUAAACCUCUUGAUGCCGACAGUAACAUAAACUCAGUCAUGCAACACCAGGGCUCCUUUGUGAUGAAGGUUUUUGACUCCUGCUUAAACUGAAGUUAAGCCAGCAGACAGUCUGAACCGGUAAAAUUAAGAUGGACAUUUUCCUGUGAACAUGUUUCAUUUUUGUUCACAUUGAUAGUUGUGCAGACCUGUCUGCACAUUCAAACUGAGCACAUUUAAGUUCCUGUUACACAGAAGAGGAUACCUUUAUUUAUUUUUUUAUCAGAAUAUUUAAAGCAAUGGUGUUAGGUUAAAAACGGACUAUAUUUAUAUUCCUGUAUAUUUGCGGUGUACGUAGGUGUGAUGAAUAACAAAGAUUUAUCUUUAAAAAAGUGACCAGUAUAUAUACUGUAUACAUUUUCAUCUUGUGUGAUGCUCACUGAAAUUGUAUAUUUAAAGACUUGUCUAUUUUGUAGUUUGUGUAACUCAUUGUUGUUGUGAGAUAUGAAAAUGCUGCUGGCAGGUAGAGGUGAUGUGUGAUCUCAGUGUAGUUGUGUAUGGGCAGCAGCUGGUUGUGUUCACAGGAGCAGUGUGUUCUGGCUCCACCACAUGUUAGGUGAUGUCCGCUCACCUGUCUCCGUUUUUAGGUUUAGUGGUCCACUUGUUUUUAGCCACACUAGCAGUUUACCACAAAAUGCUGUUAAAAUUUCCUCCUGUGCAACACUUUAGUUCGAGCCAGGAUACUGUGGGAAGAGGAAAACCUCACCGGGGGCAGUUAGGCUUGGGCCCCUGCGCCGCGCAGUUUUCCAAUUAGGUUCAACCUAGUAAAUAAUUAACUGAAGUCCUGGGUCUGAUGUAGUGGAUUCAUUGCAUAUAGUCAAAAAGCCGAGCUGGUCCCGGGAGCAGAAUUUGUAAGCAUUCAUGUUUGUACCUUUCCACCUGUCCUGCCGUCAUUGGCACAAAAUGAAUGGUUACGAACGAGUGAUCGUGCUUUUUCUCCACCGCAAUGUGUUUCGCUGCUGAGCACUGGGAUUUCCUGUGCCCAUAGGUCAGGCUGACCUGAG